AUGGAGGGCCGUGAUUUCUCCGCUCCAGCGCACCUCCUUUCAGAGCGGGCCACUCUGGUGCAUCGCGCCGCCUCUCGCAUCUCCUCCAGCGGCCACGGCUCUGUUCAACACCCGCCUCAUUUUCCACCCGGGAAAUAUUAUCCAUCGCAUUUACCAAUGGCGGCGCAUUCAGGCAGUGGACUGAUGGGCAACUCUUCAGCCUCAUUCAUGGGGACGUUCCUGGCCAGCAGUCUAGGCUCCCCUCCAUCGCACCCGCCACACCCCUCCAGACCUCCGUCCUCUCCUUCCUCUCCUCCUUAUCGUGGGGGUCCGCACUCCAGCGCCUCACAGAUCUGGUUCCCUCACUCACAUGAAGCAGUCCCAGGGUAUCCUCGCUUCUCAGGAAGUCUGGCCCAUACCUUUCUUCCCAUAAGCCAUUUGGAUCACCAUGCCAACAGUGGGGUGCUCUAUGGGCAACACCGUUUCUAUGACACACAAAAAGAGAACUUCUAUUUAAGAAGUCUUCCGUCCCAGUCCCCACUCAUCUCAGCCAAUCACAGCAUCCAGCCCAUAUCGAGGAUGGGGCCUGGACAAUCCCAGGGCUCAUGUAGCAGGGACAGAGAUGCAGGAAGUGGGGUAAGCCUGCACAAGGGCCUUAAAGAUACUAGCAUAGACAGAGGCGUAGUUUCAGUCUCCAAGGAUAAAGACAGGCCUAGUAGUAAACAGGACCGCCAUCACCACAGUCACCAUCAACUACCCCAUCAUCAUCCUCACCAAUCCCAGCUCCACCCACAACACCCAGUCUCUUUGGAAGAGAUUAAUUGCAGGGGACACAAAGCCAACCUGCCUAUGGAGUGCAAGGAUCAUCCACAGAUCAUGGGAAAGCCUCUUAGUGCCUGUCUGCUCAACGGGAAGAUGCAGAAUGGGGACCACGGGACUAGAGUAAAGGUCUCUAUGGCUACUUGUGGUGGGGAUGGAGUGGGUAGAGGUAAUGUAGGCUCCAAUAGUGUCCAAAGCAGGCACGUUGGGGGAAGCAGUAAUGGGCGCUGCACCAAAGAGGAGGUAAGUGGGGAGAUGCGGAUCAGUGAGCAGCCUCCUACGACCUGUCUGGAGCGGAGUCAGGCAAUGCAGCAUUCCUUGCCCUACUCAGUGCCUUCUCCACUGCCCAUGGGCUCUGCUGCUGGAGGGGGGCAUCCAGGUGGCUUCCACUGUUUGCAGCUUCAUCCCGGCCACCCCCAUUACCCAAACCACAACCGGCACUCACACCAUCACCCAGACUUCUUCUGCUCUCCUCCGCCAGUCUCUGUGGGAAACCCUUCCUUACAUGAUAAAGGGAUCAAUAGUGGUGGCUGUAGAGAACCCAAAGUGACUGGAGCCACAUUUGUACCGUCUGUUAGCCACCUUGGGGAGAAAACUGAAGACCACUUCCAGCUGGGCAGCUCUGAGUGCCAAGGGGUUGGGGGUGGAAGGAAUAGUGUCAAGGAGAAGGCCUUGGAAAAGACUUCCAAUGGGGGGCAUCAUGGGAACUGGCCCAGGAAACAGCAGCAAACUCCAACCCAGCAGCAACAUCCCUACAGAAAAGUUGAAAAAGCCUCAGAUUGGAUACACAACCACCACCAUCACCUGCAGCAACCACAACGGCAGCAGCAGAACCAUUCUCAGCAACACCAGACUGUGCGUUCCAGAAGUGCGGACUGCAUUAACAGUAUGGAAAGAGACAUCUACAGAACUACUCUGGCUCAUGAGCCAAAAGCUGUUCAUCCCUUACCCAACCAACCCAACACCAACCCCCAACCCUACAGGGACUGCUCCCACUCUGGACCUCCAACCAUUCUUUCACCUCUUGCUGGAAAGACCAUGGGCCAGCACGUGGGUGCAGGAAGACAAGGAAGCUGCUCCAUGCCGAGAGAUGGACAAAAGGUUGCCCGCAUUCGCCACCAACAGCACGGUAGGGCUGGCCCAGAGACAACUGGUGCAGAUCUAAACCAGGCUAAUGGAAACCAGGAGUUGAAGAGGAAUAUAUCUCCUUAUAGCUACUACAACAACAACAUGCAGCAUCCCCCACAUCAACAGCCGUCAGUGCCACCUUGGACCAUGCAACCACACCAAAUGCACUCUGAAGGGGACCAGCACAAAUCUUACAUUGAAUCGAACAGUGGAGCUGCCAACAACAGACCGCCUACACAGCAACAGCUGCAGCAGCACCAGACAGCUGGAAUGGGUCCCCCUCUUCCUCCGCUUCAUCCGGCCCCUCCUCAAAAUCAGCAGGAGGUCACAGGCUCACAGGGAGAGAACAGUGCCAUGAAGAACCUUCUGAAGUACAGCAACCAGCAGCCUCUCCUUUCCCAGAAGAGCCCGUUUGGAGGGCUCGGGAGCCUAAAAACAGGGCCAAAUAGCACCAGCUGCUCUCUUCAGGGGAGCAAGCAGACCCUUCCCUCCAGAAAAGGUCAUAGUCAUGAGAGUGAGCGAGCUGAUUGUGGGGGACGGGGCAGAGAGAUAGGAGAGGACCCACAUGUAGAAGGGGAGGUGAGACAGCCUCCAGUGGGGAUUGCAGUUGCUGUGGCACGACAGAGAGACCCAGCCUGCCAGACAUCAGGCAGCCAUCCCGGUAGCCGACAGGGGCGGGUGCUGUCUUCCAUGAAAGGCACUCCACGCUCCAUGUACCCUUCAGACUCACCUGGUGAGGAGGAGAGGAAAAGGAUGAGUGUAGAGCACAUGGGUCAUCGGUGCCUUGACAGAGAACGAGACACUUAUAUCAGGGAUAACAAGGAAAGAGUGGAAUUUGCACACAUCCAUCCAUCUAACAGUUGCCAUGGUGACCUCACCUCUCAUAUCAUGGUGCCAGGUGGCACUUCAGUGCAGCCUAACCAGUUAGGAAACCCGACUGCGCAUACACACUCUGCUCACCACCACUGGAUGCCACGCACAGGAAGUCCCUCCCUCUGGAUGACGGAUCACUCUUAUGGCAUUGGCCACACAGCUUUGCAUCAGAAUCUGCCCCCGGGGUUCUCUGCAGCUAUGCCUGCCCCCCUUCAGUCAGUCCUUCCACUACCCCAGGACCCCUCCGCCCAACUGGUGGUGCUGCCCAGCGAACCUGCCACACACCCAGCCAGCCACCUUGACAUGAUGGACCAGCCUGGUCUAUGGCCUCCAGUCUACAGGGCCCGAGGGGCCCACUCCCACAUGCAGCAUCCUGCUGUGUAUUCUCGCUCGCAGUUUCUACGGCAACAAGAGCUUUAUGCUCUCCAGCAACACCAGCAGCUGCAGCAUCAGCAGCACCCGAGCCAUCAGCCUCCGGCUCCACCCCACAGAGCAACAAACAACAUGGAGCCACAGCACAGAGCUGGACACAGCCAGGUGCAGAAGAAACCAGAGGAGCAGAGCAUGGAGCUAGAAGACAUCCUGUCUGACCCCAGGACUCCCAAACCUGCCAAGUGCUACGACUAUGGCCCAUCUAACCGGGCCUCCUCACCUACCAGGGGCUCCACUGUCCACUUGUCGCCCUGCUGUCAGUCCCCUUGUAUGCGACCUCACCCUAAAAGCACACCCUCUACCCCCUGCCCUGCCCUAAGUCCAGUAGCUGCAACGCCCCGCUCACCCACAAUCAGCCCAUCCCCAUCACAACUGCCCAAAGCUGCAGAGUCCCAGGACGAGCAGGUGGAAGGGCAGCCACCCCAGGACUACCCUCAGUCCAUGGAGCCUGAUCUGCCACCUAGAUACACCUAUCCAGAAAUUGGCAUGGCAAUGUCUCAAGAUAUCCAGUUGGCAGAGCCCGCUAAUCUGGAAGCUGUUCAAAUUGAAGCCAUUGAGCAUGCCCCUCCAGCUCUCUCCAGUUUAGGAAAAGGCCUGGAAUGUCAUACAAUGGUGAGGUCACUAAAUGAGCCACAAGAACCAGUGGUGGAAGAUGAUGCCACCAGUCUGGUUGAGGAACAGCCGCAGUUCGCACAAGGGGAGGAUAUGGAGACAGUUAUGGUAAUGGGUUGCUGUGAACCUGUAGGGGCUGAUCAGGGAAAGGAACAGCCAGAAUUGCUCAUCUGCCCACCUGCUGAAGGUCCAGUUUGUGAAGUAGGACAAGGACCUAUCCUAUCAUCUAAGGAAGAAAUCCAUCAAGGUGACCCAACUAUUACAUGUGAAGAAGAAAAUGGUGAAAACGUACCUCCUCAAGAGAACGAAGAAAUUGAGACACAGGAAGAUCAAGGAGCUUCAUUGCCAGAACAAACAAGUGUUUCUGAUUGUUUACCCAACCAGUUGCCAAACACCACCACCCAGGCAGAGGUUGCAAUUAUGGGAGAAGAAGAUCAACAGAAAAACUGCGUGGAAAUACUAUCUCCAUUGCCGAAUGCCUGCUCUCAGAGUCUUGCUUCAAGCUACUGGAGUUUAGAGCUCCUGAUUGCUGCAGCCUUCUUUGGGGACUGUCCUCCACCCUCUCCACCUUCCUCAUCCCCAUACCAGAAAUAUUGUGGCCCACUUAACUCCACCUGUCAUGGCAUGGAAUUGCUGAGUGAGCUGGCUGAUCUGGAACUGCAACAGUAUCAGCAAAAUUGUGGUAAAACUCUAGAGGAUCAAUGGAUUUUCGACCUACAGAGUCUUGCUACUUUGGCAGCAGCUCGUGCCCUUGAAUUAAACUCACAGGAGAACAGUGCCACAGAUGCCGAGAAACAGUAUCCCGCUCAAAGAACUAUCAACCUUCGCAGAAAAUGCAGCUGGACGCCUCGCCACGAGCCGGUGUGUCCAGCGAAAGGUGCUAUGGACAGUAUGGAUGGUCCAGAGCUAGAGAUGCGUGUGAGACUAGCAGAGCUUCAACAGCGUUACAAAGAGAAACAGAAGGAACUGGCCAAACUCCAGAGGAAACACGAUCACCAGAAAGAGGAGACUCCACGUAGUCCUGCACGUCGAGGGCCUGGCAGACCACGCAAACGUAAAUCAGCUCCUGGCCUUGGCCCCGGGACCUUUACAGAACCCCAGAAAAAAGUCAAGUUAGUGGGGGCGGGGCUAAGUCCACUGGAGGAGGAGCAGCAGGGAGGUGGAGACUCUCAGAGGAAGAAGAAAAAACUGUCCAGUAGAGGUUUUGGCGGUCUUAACUCUGCACUGAUGAAGUCACAGUGUUGUCGUAAGAGCAGUCUGCAUGGUCAACACAUUAAUCAACUCAAGCAAAAGAUUGCAGGUGGACAGACCACCUCUGGAGCUAUGUCCCAGGACAGGGAGUCUUCCUCAGCCUCUAAGAGUAAUUCCAAAGCAGAUUCCAUACACCUCAGCACAGCCAAUGAAUCUGAGAGCCUAAGCGAUACAGGCACCAGUGGGGACAGUGGGGCUCAGGAAUGCUGGAAGAGACACGAGCCUGCAUCCAUCAAACGAAGCAGGAAGAAAAGUUCUGGAACAGCAGCAUGUUUGCAGGGCAGGGGACAGGAAGUGAAUGAGGAUGGGGAGACGUCCCCCCCAGAGAGCGAGUCCUCUGAGCAAGAGGAAGAUGAAGAGGAAGGCAGUUAUGGAAGUGAGGAAAGCCAAGACAUCAAAGCUCCAGCAUUCAGGGAUUUAUCAUUCAGCUUGUCUGCCACAGGCCCCUCUCCUUUCUCCAUCGUCAAACUGGAAGCCAAUCAGAAGGCAAAGAUUAAGCGGGAACGGCAGGAACUUUACGGGUCCCAGCUUCACUCUGUAACAGAAGGGGACGUGAAGGUGAAGCAGCGGGCUUCUUGUCGACCCCUCCCCAUAACGGUCUCCAAAUCCCCAUGUGUCAGAAGACGACCAGGCCGGCCCAGACUGCAGGACAAACGCUGGUCUGGGAUCACAGGCAGGCCGGGUCAUUACAGAAAGAGUGGCGGCCUCCUCUCUUUCCCCAGCAGCACCAGUGAGCGGUUAAAGAGAGCUACUCGGAAGACCUCCAUGCUGAGAGCCACGAGGAGAAGUUACUGGUCGACAGGGGCUCAGUCUCCAGAUAGCGAUGAUAACAGCAGCACCCGGAGAACCAGACUGAGAGAGUCUAAAGGUCGAGCAGUCAGCCGUCUGUUAGAGAGCUUUGCGGCAGAUGAUGGGUUCCACCUGGGUGAAGACAGCAGCUUCUCAGACGAGGAAGAGGAGAGGAAGUGUUCAUCUCAUAGCAGAACUCCUCCAGCGCCUCCAAACUGUGUGCUAACCAAAGAAAUGCUGACCGAUGGACUGAAGAUUCUGAUCUCCAAAGAAGAUGAGCUUCUGUAUGCAGCUCGUGUGAGACCUAUGGAGUCUCCAGAUGUCUACAGCAUUGUUAUAGAUGGGGAGAGAGGAAACCGGCCCAGAAUCUACUCCCUGGAGCAGCUCUUGCACGAAGCGGUGUUGGACGUACGCCCUGAAAGCGAGGCUGUGCUAACAGAGGGGACUAGAGUGUGUGCUUACUGGAGCGAGCGCUCACGAUGUCUUUACCCAGGAUAUGUGCAAAGGGGUGGUGCUGGUGAUACAGGUAAACCUGGUGGAGUUAUGGUGGAGUUUGAUGACGGGGACAGAGGGUGGAUAUCUCUCUCCAAUAUUCGCUUCCUUCCACCCGAUUACCAAAUCCAAUGUGCUGAGUCGGACACUGUGCUGGUUUCUGUUAGACAGUUUGGCAGAAGUAGCUCAGUGCAAGAGAACGGGACUCUGAGUGAGAGGACAACAAGUACAGGCAGAUCCAAAGCUCAGGAGAAACCAGUCAGAGGACCAGGGAGGCCUAAGGGUUCAGGGCUGAAGAAGUCUAUCUCAAACAAUGUGGCGAAGACCUCAGCAUCUGCUUUGACCUGGCCAUCAGUAGCUGCACCCAGGAGGAGAACACCGGUAAACUUUUUCCAGCUUAAUGGAUCAGCCUCGAAGAAAGCCUUGAGAGGCAGGGUGCCGGAAACAUCUCUUCGACCUUCAGUCUCCAUGACGACACCAGCCAAAGGUCUCUUUAGUAGUAGCUCCUUUGAGGUGGACUCGUUCAGCAGCAUAGCCAAUGGUUAUUCAUCCUUUGGUAUGUCACUGGAGGGCAAAAACACCUCUUAUGUUCAAAAAAAGAGAACUGAGGAGCCAGCACCAACUCGGGGUAGGAAAGCAGAAUUUCUAGUGAAACUGGACCAUGAAGGUGUAACAUCUCCAAAGACUAAGCGUAGCAAGGCUCUGCUGUUGCUAGGAGCUUCAGGUUUUGGCUCCAACGGUGUAGGUGGUCUGCCCAGGACGGAGACUUAUUCCCACCCAGUCCUGCUUGUCAAGGACAAUAGGAAAGGUGAUGGUUCCCGUGCAGAGCUCUUGCUAAAAGGGAGUCAAGUCCAGAGGAAGCCCUCACCAUCCUUGCGCAUGAAUGAGUAUGGAGACCUAAACCUCGGCUGCCAUAGAGACUGCCACAUCUCCUACUCGGAAAUGGAUGAGGAAGAGGAAGACCAAAGAAGGAGAACAGGCAGUGCGUCACUUGCUCAAGCCUCGGGAGGUUUGAGAACAGCUGGCCGAUUUCUCUCGAGCAUCUCAGUUUCGUCAUCUUCCUCAGGUUCCUCAAGCUCCACAAGCUCAGGUUCUCUCUCCAGUUCUAGCUUGUGUUCCUCUGACAACGACUCGUCAUAUAGCUCGGAGGAUGAGGAGAGUUCCACACUGCUGCUGCAGAGCUGCUUGACCACACACCACUCUCUGCCCCAGACCACUGAACCCCCUGCUGGACCUCCACGACACUCGUUUGUGGCCAAAGCUGUGGCCAUGUCCAGUGCCAAAGAAGGCAACCACAGUGUUAGCAGCAAGCCACCGAAGAGGAAAGAAUGUCCCAGCUCAGUCUCCAAAAACUCAAAGGAGCUGCUUAAGAGGCAAAGGCUUCUGACAGACCAGACCAAGCCCAAAAUGUCACCCAUCCUGCCAUCUAGACAGAUGUGGAGGUGGUCUGGAAACCCCACACAGCGGCGUGGAUUAAAGGGUAAGGCCCGGAAGGUUUUCUACAAGGCCAUUGUACGAGGCAAGGACAUGGUUCGGAUAGGAGACUGUGCAGUGUUCCUUUCGGCUGGUCAGCCUCAUCUGCCACUAAUUGGACGCAUUGAGAGUUUCUGGGAAUCGUGGCAGAACAGUAUGAUCGUGAAGGUCAAGUGGUUCUACCACCCCGAAGACACCAAUCUUGGCAAGAGACACCGUGAUGGCAAACAUGCCCUGUACCAAUCAUGUCAUGAAGAUGAGAAUGACGUCCAGACGAUCUCUCAUAAGUGUCAGGUUGUCACCCGUGAGGAAUAUGAGUGUUUGACCCGCAACAGGAAGUCUGAUGGAAGCUAUCAUGACCUGUACUACCUGGCCGGCACCUACGACCCAACCAGCGGCCAGCUGCUCACUGCAGAUGGGAUGUCCUUACUCUGUUAGCACUGCACUUGCUUAUCCAAGUAUACUACUGAGUUGUCUAUGGUUCGAUUGGGGUGCAAGAGGACCAGGAGGUAGCGUACCACCCUACAUACCCAAACACUCUGUCUACUUUGGGGAUAAAUCUGGAUGCAUCCCCUAGCGAUACUUUAUCAGUAUAGGCACUUUGUCCAUGGUCCUAAUUCUCUUCUGAGUUCACCUAACAGACAUCUAGCAGACUAUGGUCUUAGACCACCAAAGCAGAACACUUGGAUUGGAGAACAUGGUGUCUAACUGAGAAGACUUGAGCCAUGUCAGAGGAGGAGACGUGUGGAGCGUUCUCCGCACACCACUUUCAUGAUUCCAGGGAUAUUUAAGUACAUAUAGAUCUAAAGAUAUAUUAAGUUCAUUUAUGUGUGUAUAUACAGUAUAUAGGGAAUUGUUUCCUAUCAAGCCAUACACUUCAGUACCUCUUAACAUGUCUUCUUAUUCAGGUGUAUAUUGUACAGGUCGCUUGUUUAUUUUUUUUUAUUUUAUUUUUUUUUUUUGCUUUGUUUUUUUGACAUGGUUGUCUAUAUGUAUAUAUAUGAAACUAUUUUAUAUAAGUGUAAUGUACAGAGGCUAAUCUUACCAUGUUCUGAUUGGUUUAUUUUUGUAUAAGUGGCUGACAUGGUAGUUGUUGUUGAUUUCUCUCUAAGAGGGUGAGCUGAAGAUGUAUGUAUUGCACUGCAAAUGGCCUGCUGAGACAGUGAGGGGUUUGGGUUCCUGCCCUGGUCUUACACGGGAUAGCAUACCUCUAUCGGCUGCACUUUGGGCGUUUGUUUCUCUAAUGUCGAACUUCUGUUUGUUGUUGCCUAUAUUUGCAGACUCAAAACAUUUUAGCGCUAAAACGAAGGGAAAAUGUCUUGCAAACACUUUAAAACUGUUCCACAAAAUUUGUAUUACCUACCUGUUAGAAUUUGCUAUCAGUAUUUAAAUUAAAUCAGUAUUGGAAAUGACAGAGUCUACAUAUACAGAGAAUAGAAAUGAAGAAAUGUCCAGGUCAUAUUUCACCCCCCCACCCCCCAUCAUAAAAGAAAUUGAAGCCUAUUUUGGGAACAUUAAGAUUUUUUGCACUGUGACAUUAUUUCCAAUUAAGCAGAUAUUCCCACAAAUGUAUUUUACUGUAAUGUGAAAAAAAUCUCAUCUUUUUGUCUGGGCACAAUUUAUUUAUUCAGAACAACCAAUACUACCAUCUUGCAUAAAUACUUCAAAAUUUAAGCUACAUAUUAUUUUGUUUUAUUACAAACCGUUUUUUGGGUUCGGGUUUGUAACUAAUGAAAAACGAUGUGCAUGAACACUAGAAAGGGCUGUUCACACCAAACGUGUUUUUGAAUCUGUUCUGUUUUUCAAUGUAAACACACGUUGGACAGAUGUCUUUGAUCAUUGCGUCAAAUCUCACUACUUUUUCAAAAUCUCACACAGGACUGCCAAAUUUGUCUUUGUGUUAAAGGGAUAGUUCACCCAAAAAUGAAAAGUCAGUCAUUGUUUACAAACCCCUGUGUUGUUAUAACCCUAUAUGACUUUCUUUCUUUUUCUUAAC